AUGGAGCACAAGAACUACCGCUUCUGUAAGAAGCGCACCGUAGUGGAGACAGGAACAACCUAUUUCAGCUGCGUGAAGUUCCGGGCAGGCUGUCCAGUACGUCUUGUAGUCAAGAAGGGUGGCGCUAUCAUCGAAAGAAAUGCCCACUGCUGCGACCAAGACAUUUUAGAAGAGGUCGCAGACGUUCGCCGCGACAUGUCGUUGGAGUUCCAAGAUCGCGCCAUUAAGGAGUUCUCUGUUGCACCUGGUGUUCUGUGGCAGCGCGUCUUUGAUGAAUUCCGUGCCAAGCAUCACCCGUCCACUAUCUACGCUAUUGCGCGCCCGAAUGGUGUUACAAUCAUUAAAAACGUGCGCCAGGGUGCCACGGGUGGCGAUAUUUUCCGUGCAGUUGAGGCUACACCGGUGCGAAGCAUUAGCGACUCGGACCCGCGCCCGUUCCUACAAUUCAGCAUGGCUCACCCCACCACCACCGGCAUACAGCGCAUGCUGUGCUUUGGGCAUCCGGACUUACUGCGGAUUCUACGGUACCCGCAGCUGACCCUAUUUAUCGACGGUACCUUUUCCGUGGUACCAAAGGGUUUCUCGCAGUGCCUUAUUGCUAUGGUCUAUGAUCCCAGUGUCGACGUAUACGUGCCGCUACUCUACGUACUCGUCAAUUCGAAAAGCCAAGAAACGUAUUGGCGAGUACUAGAGCAGCUCAUCAUGGCGUCCGACCGCCUGCUGGAGCCUCGCGAUGUUACCUGUGACUUUGAGCUUGCGUUAAUUAACGCUGUGAUUGAGCAGUUUCCUACAGCCAACAUCGUUGGCUGCCUCUUCCACUGGAAGCAGGCUCUUCGUAGGAAGAUGAUAGAGCUGAAGAUUCCCAAGGAACAGAUCGCGGAUGCCAUGAAGUCUGGAAAGCUGGACGUGCUUACAGUCAUUCCUGCCGAAGAAGUGCUGGACAAGGGACUACGGUACGUUCGAAGCAUCAUCGACGAGACCGAGACGAAAACUAAAUGGACCGCUUUCUGGAAGUACUUUGUACGAACGUGGACGAAGAGGUUCGACAUGUCGCUGUGGAACGUGAGCCAGAUGCGGCGCAACAAUGUGAGCAUGACAAAUCGGACUAAUAACCCGCUGGAGAAGUACAAUCGCGAUUUUGCUGCUCGCAUUGGUGCGCCGCAUCCAAGUAUCCUCGUCUUCAUUGAAGCUGCAAAGAAAGAAGCUCAUUCCUACGUAAAGCUGCUGGACGACAUCAAGCAUGGUCGGCAGAGCGCUCCUGCUCACGCGCGAUCUGUGAAUGUUGAAGUUCCUGGGGAAUACACGGCGUUUGAGUAG